AUGUGUCUCUGUGUUUCAGCCGGCAGCAGGUCAGGCUCUCCCGGGCGUUUGCUGAGCUCCACAUACGGCCCUCGGACCUCUCGGCUGAACGCUGCCCCCCCCCUCGCCGGCAGCAUCCCCCCCGGCCUCAUUGACCUCCGACCCCGAGGCCACCGGAGCCAGGGCUGCAGCAGAGAGACCAGCCCCAGCCGGGCCGCCAAAGCCCAGAGCAGGAUCCCUCGACCCAGCAUGAGUCAGGGCUGCAGCCGAGAGACCAGCCGAGACACCAGCCCUGCCCGGGGGUUCUCCCCCCUGG